AACUAUCAUUGGAAAUAUUUUUAUUUUUGUUUUGUUUAUAUUUAUUUUAUUUUAGCGAUGUUAUAGUUAAUAAGGUACGAAAGCAAAGACCAUAUUGGUUGAAAAUAUGAAUUUCCUAGAAAUUUCUCUGAAGGAAAUAAUUUUAUUUAGUGAGUUAAAAGAACAAAUACAGUCUUUGUCAGAUUAAUAGAAAGAGAAUGUGCGGAAAUAAAACUAUCAGUUAGUAUUGAGGAUUAUGUUAUAAUGCUUUUGAUUUUGUGUAACAAAACAUUAUGUACAUCAACUUUGUCUGAAAACAUCAGAACUGCUUAUCAGGAGUUCUAGGUGUGGAAAUACAGCAAAUGAGGAAACACAAAGAUCAAAACAUAAAUUUUCCUCCCCCACAUAUUGGUAUAGUCCUUGAUAGUCACAGAAGAGGCAUAAGCUUAAGAAGACUCCAAGCUCCCACAUCCCUGCGGUGGAACAAACCUAGUCUGCAAGUGCAAUUCACAACGUCAAGUCUGGACGUGGUGAGCCAGCUAAGUUCACAAUUGUAUUCUUGAAUGAACAAAACUUUGGCUUCUGAUAGGAUGCCUGUGCACAUUCCUCCAAACCAAAACCAAAGUACCCUAUUGGGAAAGACAGAAAUAUCUAGUACCCUGAAAUAUCUACUAGACAAGCUGCAGAAAUUCCUGAAGGAGAAUCUAGAAGCACUGGGGGUGGCUCAGAUUAUGAUUGGUGUGAAAUGCUUCUUUUAUGGGAUAAUUGGAUUUCUUCCUCCUAAUUCUGAAAUGCACAGAAUCAUCUUCUUCUCAAUUUACACAGGCUUCUCCUUCUGGGGGGCAUUGUCUUUUAUCGUUUCUGGAAUACUGACUGUUGUGUCUGCCAAGAAGCAAACAAAAUCACUGCUGAGAGGGAAUCUAGGUGCUAACACUCUUAGCACCUUGGUCUCCUUUGUUGGGAUCUGUAUUCUGUCACGCAAUUUAACAAAAAAUGGCCACUAUGAUUGCAAGAAGGAAACUCUCUGUUUGGGAAUCAAACCAGUUGCAACUGAACUUGUGAUUGUCCUAAUUAUCCUAACUUGUCUGCAAAUUUUAAUUUCACUUCCUCUCUCCAUGCUCAACUAUAAUGUGAAUGACAAGGAUAUUCACUGGAUUUCUAUAUUGUUUCGCCGGAAAACACCUUCUGAAAGUAUUUACGAAGAAGUGUUCCCUCAAACUUCAAUCAAUCGAGAACUUCAACGUAAGAAAGAAACAACUUCACGUUAUCCUGCAGAUACUAGCAAACAAACAUGAGGCUGCACUUUUGUAUUCUGGAACCACAGUAAUAGCAAGAAGCUCAUACUGGGGCCACUGAGGCAGAAAUACACACAUGUGAGGCUACAACUGUGUGGGUCAGAGUCAUAAAGAUAGCAACUGGCAUUUAUAAUAAUAAGAAUUUGGUUGUCCCCACCUUUUUUUGUUGUUGUUUGUUUAUUAUGGUUGGAUGUCAUCACAGGCUAGGUUUAUACACUAUUAAAAAACUUAACCUAGAAAUAUUGAUGGCUUAACACAUCAGAAGUUCA